AUGUCCGCUGUGACAGACCAGCCCCACGCGUACAGGGGUCUAGAGCGAGAGAAGCACAUCCGCAUGGUGUACCGGGCUUUCCACCGCUGCUGGGGAGCUCGUACCGACCUCCACACCUCCACGGUCUCCCUCUGCCCAGAUAGGGGAGCCCUGCCUGGGACAGCAGCUGCAGAGCCGGGCAGUCAGGCCGUGGUGCUCCACCAGGGGGACCAGGGACCCAGCAGCUGCGGCGCGCCCAGGCACAGGGAGGGGACACUGGGCAUGGAGUUGGAGCUGGGGCCCCUGGCCCUGGGGCAGAAGGACUGCUGGAUGAUGGAGCCCAGCGCCCCCAGGGGGCUGACUGUCCUCAGUGGCGUCAGCAGGCUGCACGUCACGACCAAACCAGAGCUGAGAGGUCCACAGUGUGUUCCUCGGAGAAUCUACAAUAUUGCCAAUGACAACAAGGAUCAAGCUCUCGUGGUGGUAGAAGAGAGCUCGUGUGUUUGUCUGCAGUGCUGUGGGCCGGCGCGCUCCUGCUCUCUGCAGGGGUUCGACUGCCACGCGCAGCAGGUGUUUCACUUCGAGAGGCCCCUGCGGGCCGACAUGUGCUGCCUGGGGUGCUGCCUGAUGGAAAUGAGGGCCUACUCCGCCGACAGGCAGCUCAUGGGCAUCGUGCACCAGAGAUGGAGCAUGUUCACGCCAUACUUCGAGGUGUGCGACUCGGAGGGGAGUCUGGCGGUGAGGAUACAAGGGCCCUGUUGCCCCCUGCGGUGCCUCUCCAACCAGGAGUUUCAGGUGGUGUCAACACUUGGUGAGACGAUAGGUAGCAUAUGGAAAAAGUGGCCAGGUUUUAAUGAAGAACGUAAUAUGGACCAUGAAUAUUUUGGAAUAGAUGUGCCUCGGGAGAUGCCUCUGAACACCAAAGUACUCCUGCUCGCUGCCUCCUUCCUACUCAACUACAUGUUCUUUGAAAUGAGCUGAAGAUAAUGGAGGACGGGACCUUAACCAGGGGAUGCGACAUGCGAUGUUGAUGUGUGUUGUUGGCUGUGAUGAUGAUGAAGAUGAUUAUGAAGAUGACUUUGACCAGGAUAUGGUUUGAGAUGAGAAGGGGAGCAAAUAUCCCCCCACCAAUCCUCUUCAUAUUGAAUCCUGAUGGUGACUGCUCAGUGCAGCACUGGGGAGGUCUGACAGUGCCGGACCUUGAUGGAUCAGGGCGUUGGGUCCAAGUCAAACUAGUUCCUCCCGUCCUGUCCUGAUGCCUGUGGCCUUGUGACUCAAGGCUCAACCAAAGAUUUUCUUAGUAGAGUAAGAUGAUUCAAACUCCGCCCACCCAAUGCAAAGAAGUGUGCUCAAGUUCGGUCUUCUAAGGGGGCAUCAAAGAAGGUGGAUCUAACAAGAAGCGACACUCAGGUCUUUUAUGGGAAACAGUCAAUAGAGGGCAUUUUGAGUCAAAUCCGCCAUUCUGGAGUGAACAGGUAGUCACGUACGCCACUCUGUUAUGACCAGUAGCCAUGGCAACGUUCUUUGGCCAUAGGAAAGACCGCGGAUCUAAUACUAAAGUUAGCACAAUAUGGCAACUUCAGCCUUAUACAAACGUUAGUAGAUACUCAAGUUCUGCACUGAUUGUG